AUGUCUGAAGAAGUUAAAGCAGUUCACAGAGAGCCUCAUCCAUUCAUUGGCAUUCAUCAGAUUCAUAAUUUUGUUGGAAAGCCAGUUGCUUUUGUUGGCAAAGUCGAUCGCUUUGAAGAUAACAACAUGAUAAUGAAAACAGCAGAAGAUAAAGAAGUUAAAAUUAUCAAAUUCAGAGGUGAUUAAAAUAAGAUGCACAAUGUUAUUGAAGUAAGAGGCAUUGUCAACAAGGAUGAUACUAUCAGCUAUGGUGAAUUCACCUAAUAUGACAAUGAAUUCGAUUUGACUACUUACGAAAGCAUGCUAGAAUACUAUCAUGGCAUGUGCAGAGACCUAUGUAUCAGAAGUUGA